CUGCCCCUAAAUAUUGGUACUGUAUGGUUUAAAAACUGCUAGCGGUGUUGUGAAUCUGUUUGAAUCUAUUGAAUUACAGAAAAUUCAAUUUUUGCUCUAAAAAAAAGUGAAAAUCUAAAAAUGUGAUUUGGGUGUUGUACUUGGUCCUACAUACAAUCAUUUACCAAUGCUGAUAUUUUAUACAUAUAAUAGUGUGCUUUCUAGUAGUGAUUCUUCUAAAGCACAUAUAGUAUAUAUAAAUAUACAGUUGAAGGCUUAGGCACACACUUAAAUAAAUCUUAACCUGGGAGCAAAUCAGAAACAUAAUACACAUAAUACAUAAUACACGUCAUACACAUUAUACACAUUUUUCUGUUACUGAAAUUCCUGGUGUUCAUCAGCUAUUUUGUCAAUAUAUAUAUUUAUACAAAUGAUCUUUCUCUUUGUCUCCAUAGAGAGAAUAAACAUGUGGCGUUCUAUCUGCAAUUGUUUCCGUUGCUUUCGCAAGAAACAACCAGAUAAACCCACAAAUCAAAAUAUUACGAAACAAGAUCAAUCUAAUGAAGAAAUCAUAGUGAUACUACCCAAUGAAAUUGAUGAAGUCGUUGUUGUGAAUCAGCCAGAAGAAGCUGCUGAAGAAAUAGUUGUGGUAAGUAUCUAAUAUUGAAAUUCAACUAUAGAAACAACAAUACCACUUUCAUAGAUGACACAUUCAUAACAUCAUUGACUUUAUUAUUAAAACUCUUUUAUUUGUUGAUGAUGAAAUGAUAUUUUCUCUGUUUGCUAGGAAUAGCAAUUUGGAAUUUCCAAUAUUAUUUGAACAAAUCCCUAUACUGACCCUGCAUUUAUUUAUAAACAUUAAUUGUAUUUCCUUAAAACUUUUUUCAGAGACUAAACAUACACUAACUUUGCAUGUAAUAAUCUUUAUGGACAAUAGACCUUUAAUUGCAUAAAAUAAUGCCACCUUUUUAUCUCUUAUCCAGGCUCAAAUAGAGAAGCCCACUGAAGAAAUCUGCCUGGAGGAGCCAGAGCAAGAAACAGAAAAUGAAAUAGAAAUCAGCCAGGAAAGCAUAAAAGAGGAGAAUUCGGAUAAUCCUGAAGACAAUGAGAACACUGAGAUGUGCCAGGAAUUUGAACGUGAACCUGAGGAGAUCAGCUUUGAGGUUAGCAGAAACCAGGAGGAACAGCUUAGUGAGCAGGAAGAGAGAUCUGAUAACAACACCUGCCACUAUCAGGACAACAUAGAAGCAUCUGAACAAAUUCAGCUAGAGCCCUAUGAAAAUGUAUUGCAGUUGUUUGAGGAAAAUGGAUUUGGAUCUGAAGAACCUCAAGGAGAGUCCUGUGUGGAAUCUGAACUAAAGUCUUCUAAGGAAAACAUAGAAGAAUCCGAACAACUUCAGCUAGAGCCCUAUGAGGCAACUGGAAAUGUUCUGGAGUUGUUUGAAGAAAAUGAAUAUAGAUCUGAAGAACCUCAAGGAGAGUCCUGUGUGGAAUCCGAAAAAAAUUGUUCUAAGGAAAACAUAGAAAGAUCUGAACAACUUCAGCUAGAGCCCUAUGAGGCAACUGGAAAUGUUUUGGAGUUGUUUGAGGAAAAUGUAUAUGGAUCUGAAGAACCUCAAGGAGAGUCCUGUGUGGAAUCUGAACUAAAGUCUUCUAAGGAAAACAUAGAAGGAUCCGAACAACUUCAGCUAGAGCCCUAUGAGGCAACUGGAAAUGUUCUGGAGUUGUUUGAAGAAAAUGAAUAUAGAUCUGAAGAACCUCAAGGAGAGUCCUGUGUGGAAUCCGAAAAAAAUUGUUCUAAGGAAAACAUAGAAAGAUCUGAACAACUUCAGCUAGAGCCCUAUGAGGCAACUGGAAAUGUUUUGGAGUUGUUUGAGGAAAAUGUAUAUGGAUCUGAAGAACCUCAAGAAGAGUCCUGUGUGGAAUCCGAAAUAAAGUUCCCGACUGAAAUCUCUGAAAAAGAGCAAGUAAAGGACCAAAGAAGGAUAGAGUGCCUUAAUGAGGAGGUACCAAAGAAAAUUGACAACAGGAUCACAAAUAUAAAUAUAGCGAAAAAGGAAGAAUUAAAUAGAAAAAUAACGAAAAAAGAAAAGUGUGUCUACCGUACCCAAGAAGACUUUAGCAAGGAGGAUGAUAAAGAUCCAUUUGCCAAAUACCCAGAGCCCAGGGGAAAUUUAAAACUUGGAGAGGCCAUCGGAGAAGGCAAUUUUGGAGUUGUCCAUGUGGGUUGGCAUAAUAUCAAACGCAAAGAAGUGGCUGUUAAAAUAAUAAAGAACAUAGAGGUUGAAGUCAAUGGAUGUGUUUCUUUUCUCAGCCUAAAUUCCUAUGUUACUAUGUGA